UCUUUGUCUGUCUCCCCCUUCCUUCCUUCCUUUUCCUUCGCACGUGAAGCGAACACGCGUGCGAACGGGGCCACCCGGUUCUUUCUGCUGCUCUCCAAGCGACCAUCCCUCCCUCCCUCCCUCCCUCCGCCUGCGCACGCGGUUGGCACUUUGGCCACGCUCCCUAAAAAGCCGCCUUCCCUACAGCGCUUCCCAAGGCCCCGCCCCCUCUCCUCCUCCACUCCCUCCCGCCCUUCAGAAGGGAGGGAGGGAGUGGGGCGUGGCCAAGGCCUGCGCUGCUGUUGCUGGCUGCCUGUCGCGCGCUUCUCCCUCGGCCUCGGAAUUUCUCCCCGCUCCCUGGGCGAAGGGGGCGACGAUGCCUCAAGAUGGCGGAGGCGGCUGAGCUGAAGCACAUGGUUAUGAGCUUCCGCGUCUCGGAGCUGCAGGUGCUUCUGGGCUUCGCCGGGCGGAACAAGAGCGGGCGGAAACACGAGCUGCUGACCAAGGCGCUGCAGUUGCUGAAGUCGGGCUGCAGCUCCGCCGUCCAGAUGAAAAUCAAGGAGUUGUACCGGAGGCGUUUCCCCCGCAAGAUCCUCACCCCUUCGGACUUGUCCAUGCUCCACCUCCAAGCCGGGCAGCUGCCCUCGGCCACGGCGUUGACGCAGGGCGCCAUGUGCCACCUGCCUUACGACAACGGAGGGGUAGUGUCCGGAGUGCCAUCCGGCAUGCUGCCCCCUGUGCCGAUGCUGGGCUCCAAACACGAGGCCGACGUGCCCCACCUGUCUCCCCCCAUCCACCCGGUCCAUCCGGACGUGAAGAUGCGCCGGCUGCCCUUCUACGACGUUUACGACGAACUCAUCAAACCCACCACUUUGGCUUCGGUGAACAGCCAGAGGUUCGAGGAAGCCCAUUUCACCUUCGCUCUCACUCCUCAGCAGGUGCAACAGAUUCUCACUUCCAGAGAUAUCUUACCUGGUGCCAAAUGUGAUUAUACUGUACAGGUGCAAUUGAGGUUUUGUUUAUGUGAAACCAGCUGCCCGCAAGAGGAUUAUUUCCCUCCCAACUUGUUUGUUAAAAUCAACGGGAAGCUCUGCCCUUUGCCCGGUUACCUCCCUCCCACCAAAAACGGCGCCGAACCCAAGCGACCAAGCCGGCCGAUCAACAUCACGCCUUUGGUGCGCCUCUCGGCCACAGUCCCCAACACCAUUGUGGUCAACUGGUCAUCUGAAUUUGGCCGGAAUUACUCCCUCUCCGUUUACCUGGUGAAGCAGCUGACCUCGGUAACGUUGCUGCAGAAGCUGAGGGCCAAAGGGAUCCGGAACCCGGACCACUCCCGAGCGCUGAUCAAAGAGAAGCUGACGGCUGAUCCUGACAGUGAAAUCGCCACCACAAGUUUGCGAGUGUCACUCAUGUGUCCGCUGGGCAAAAUGCGGCUGAUCGUUCCCUGUCGUGCCUUUACCUGCACCCACCUGCAGUGCUUCGACGCCGCCCUCUACCUGCAGAUGAACGAGAAGAAGCCCACCUGGACGUGCCCCGUCUGUGACAAGAAGGCGCCCUACGAGGGCUUGAUCAUUGACGGGCUGUUCAUGGAGAUCCUGAACUCCGUGACGGACUGCGAUGAAAUCCAGUUCAUGGAAGACGGUUCCUGGUGUCCCAUGAAGCCCAAGAAGGAGAACCAGGAGGUUUGCCAACCCUCCACUUACAAUGGACUGGAAGCCUCCCUGUACACAGUGAGCUCCGAUGGGAAGCAGCUGCCCGAAAACAAGAAGAAGGUGGAGGUGAUUGACCUGACCUUGGACAGCUCGUCAGACGAAGAGGAGCCCCCUGCCAAGAAAGCCUGUCCCGUCGCCAUUGCAGCCAUCCUGCCAUCAGCCGGACCAAAAGGGGUUUUAAACACAGACCACCAGCCUUCCUCCGUGCUGCGGAGUCCUCCAAUGGCUGCAGUGGGCAGCGAUUACCUCUCCAGCCUCCCACUGUCCAACUACCACCCUUCUUAUUCCGUCCCUUCGGACAUCCAAGGUCUGGAUUUGUUUUCCUUCCUUCAAAGUGAAAAUCAGCAUUACAACCCUUCCGUCAUCACCUCCCUGGACGAACAGGACUCCCUGAGUCACUUCUUCCAGUAUCGGGGGCCCUCCCCGCAUUUCAUGAGCCCCCUGGCUCCCAUCGUAGUGGGAUCCCACAGCGGGGUCGGCUCCCCCACCAGCAGCCGCAUGAACAGCGUGGUCUCUUCGCCCACGGCCAGCUUGCGGGAGAGCCAUGGCACCAUGGGAAGCAGCCCGGCUCUGCCAGGAUGUCGGCCGGAUAUCAUCUCUCUGGACUAAAGAUGGAGACGCCCUUGGGGGGAGGGGAACGACUCCAUUCCUCUCCGGAGGAAGGCAGAAAUUUCGGCCACCAAGGCGACAUGUCAACGGCUGAGAAGACAGACACGUGUUUUUAUUUGGUGUGCGCCACCGUCUUACGGAAAAUCAUGGCAUUUUUUUUAAAAGAUGGAAGCUCUCCCGGAAGCAUAGCGAUCGCAGAGGGAUCCGUCUCUGAAUCAGAAGAAUCACGGCUAGGUUUUGAUCAUGGGAUCCUUAAGCCAGCAUUAAAAAGGCAUUCAAUGACCUGCUCUAAAGGUAAAAGGUUCCCCUUGCACACGUGUGCCAGUUGUUCCCGACUCUAGGGGGCAGUGCUCAUCUCUGUUUCA